AUGCCUCUCGCCACCCUUCACCUCGUAGCCCUUUCCCCCGGUCGAACGGUAUCAACCUUCCUCCGAGCUCUCAAAUCCGCCUCAGUAAAACCAUUAAUAGCCUCCAAAGUCGUCCGCUGGAUCAUCAAACCGGAAAAGCUCUCCACGCACCUCACGAAUGAAACCUGGGACAUCUUGAUCAUCGUCCCAGCUGCGACCAAAAUCCCAGAUGCCUACACCGGCAAGGAUUGGAUGCAUCGACACUGGAGCAUCACAGCCGGAGUCCCCAGAAGCGUUCUCGACGAUUUUGACAAGAAGAAUGCCAAAUUGCUGCAUCCCAGUGCAGGAGAUGUCCCUUCUCUGACCGGAGCGAUGCAAAAGCCUAGGAUGGCGGGUUCCACGCAAGGAUUGGAGCUGAACGAUGAAUUGCUUGGUUGGAGUAAGGGUUUCAAACUGGGACAGGAGGGUGCUGUUUCCAUGUUGAAUUUGUUGGCUUUCCACAGUUCAAAAUCAGCUCAUGAUUCCUAUCUCCGCUACGGGAAAGCUUUCAGCGAGUCUAUUGGUAGCAAGCGCGGCGGGGUGGCGAAGGUGGUAGGAAAGGUGGUACCGGAUCAAGGGACGAGCGAUGAAGACAAGAAUGGAUGGGAUGAGGUUGCCUUGGCGCAUUACCCGAGUAUCAGACAUUUUGUGGAUAUGCUUGCCAGUGAGGAUUAUCAGGAGGUUAAUCAUCGGGACCGAUUGCCGGCGCUGAAAGAUACCUGCAUCCUUUGCACGACGGAGUUGGAUCCUGAGGUGCUUGAGGAUGGUAAAUCAAAGCUCUGA